GACGUUGAAAAAAUCAACAAGUGACAAGACAACAACUGUCAAUCAUCAAUUUGUUAUCCGGAGUUUUUUUCGAUUUAAUAUUAUUAUUUAAUACAUUGUGAUAUAUAAUAUGGCGUCACCACCAGCAAUCGCCGCAAAACACCCUUGCGCCGACAUCCAACGGCCUGUUUCAAACGUGGUCGCCACUAAAGAAGUGGCUGAAGCCAUAGGUCGGGACUAUCGCACGUUGCCAACCUUUGAGAAAGGCCUGUUCGAAUAUAAAGGUAGAAAAUUGUACUCUCUUGAAACAAACGAGUUCCUGAAGUGUCAUUGGAAGGAGUACGUGAGACACUUUGAAGAUCGCGUUUUCGCGCCAUUUCAAUUCCUCGAUAUAAGAGACUAUCAUUUUAUCAACUGCCGAAACCAACUGCGACCUGAUGUGUCAACACACACGAAGGCAGAGUUCAGGUUUACUUUGAAACCAGGGCCAGGAGUGGAUGUGGUGCACGGUACACAACUGCCGAUACCGCAGGAGCUGCUCAUGACCAGGGGGGAAGCAAAAUCGAAACGACCAAAAACAGGGAAAGCGAGGACAUCAAAGGAAAAUACUGAGAAAUUGCCGGAGAAAAAAUGACAUGAUUGUUGUGAAAUUCAGUGUAAAAUGGAGGCGCCGCUGUUUCAUCUAUCUUUAUCAAUCAUUUCUUUUUUACUGAGUCCUAUGAUUGCCAUUAUAAAUAAUGCUGUAGUCGUAGUCGCGAACAGGAAAUAACAAAAUCGUAAAGAUAAAACGCGUCGACAUCUAAAGAAGGUAAUGCUUGCUUAUGUUAUAUUAUGUUUUUGCAUUUCGAAUAUAUACUUUAGACACGAGGGAACAUGAAUAUACUUGUGGAAAUCUGUGAGUGAGUAAUCAGGUAGAC